GUGUAUGACUCAAAUUCCACUCGAAAAUUGAAGAUAGAAUUCUCAUUUGCGUUUUGAGAGCAGGAUUUGAGGAUCGGAUUUGAAAGACUUUAAAAACCUAACUGAAAGUAAAAUUUCGAAAACUUUCAAACCUAAGUAUCAUUUUGAUGAGCAAAACUUUCCUCAUCGAUCGCGCUCUUUAACCGACAGACACGCCAUUUGAAAGUACAAACAUUUAUUUAAACAGCCGAUGAUUUUCAAGGUGGAAAUGAAUGCAUUAGCGUUAUUUUAAAAAAUGUUCUAGUAAAUAGAGAAAAACUACGAAAAUUCCUGAAUAAUUCAUACGAUGAAGGGAAUCACGUGCGUGACGCUCUGCGUGUACACCGCAUGUCUGAUGCUGGCGACGUCUCGGGCGCUGGAUGGCUCAGGACUAGACGCCUCUGCCGAGCAAUACUUGAGCAGACGUAACGCGGAGGUCGCCCGUGACGCCAACAAGAUGUCGCUCGCGUCCUGGGCGUACGACUGCAACCUAACCGAGACCAACAAACAAACCAUGAUGGCACUGCAAAACGAAAAUGCAGCUAAAAGCAAAUCUGAGUGGGAGCAAUGGAAGCUGCUAAAGUGGGACGAGAAAUGGAAUCAAACAACCGAUCCCAACUUGCGACGUCAACUAAAACAGUUCUCAGUACAGGGAAUGUCUGCGCUGCCAUCAGAUAAAUUCAGUAAUUUAAGCGAGAUCACCGCUGACAUGGUAGCCACGUACAGUACAGCCCACGUUGACAUGUGCGUCGAGCUCCAAAACGAGAGUGUGUGCGACCUCAACCUCGAACCUGAACUGACGCAGCUGCUGGACCAGGUGCGCGACUACAACGUUCUGACGGAGGCGUGGGUGAGGUGGAGGGACGCGUCGGGUAAGCGUGUGAGGAACAACUUCCUCGAGUACGUCCAGCUCUCCAAUGAAGCCGCCAGACUCAACGGUUUCAGCGACAUGAGUGAGAUGUGGCUUGAUCCAUACGAGUCUCCGAGCUUCCAGUCCGACAUCGAAAAAAUUUGGCAGGAAGUCAAGCCUCUUUAUGAGCAGCUACAUGCUUAUGUCAGGAGGAAGCUGAGAGAGGAAUAUGGAGCGAAUCACGUGAACCUCACCGGCCCCAUCCCGGCCUCCAUCUUGGGGAACAUGUGGGCUCAGUCCUGGGGAGGAAUCUACGACUUGGUCCAACCUUUCCCUAAUAAACCAACUCUUGACGUCACGGCAGCCAUGAAAAGCCAGGGCUACACGGCAAAGAAGAUGUUCGAACUCGCCGACAAGUUCUACACAGAACUGAAUCUCAUCGCAAUGCCCGCCAGCUUCUGGGAGAAGUCGGUUCUGACGAAGCCUCCUAGCGUGGAUAUGGUGUGUCACGCGUCUGCCUGGGACUUCUACGACGGACAAGACUUCAGGAUAAAAAUGUGUACGGACAUCACGAUGGACGACUUGUUCACAAUACAUCACGAAAUGGGGCACAUUGAGUACUACUUGCACUAUAAAGACCAGCCUUACGUCUUCCGCUCCGGGGCUAAUCCAGGUUUCCAUGAGGCGGUUGGGGACAGUCUUGCUCUCAGUGUGCGCACUCCCAAGCACCUGCACAAGAUUGGUCUGCUCGAACAAAUUGUCGACGAUGAAGAAUCAGACAUAAACUUCCUCAUGAAAGUCGCCCUGGACAAAGUCACCUUCCUCCCAUUUGGUUACCUGAUCGAUAAAUAUCGCUGGCGGGUCUUCAGCGGCAACAUUACUGCUCAAGAUUUGAACUGUGAAUGGUGGAACAUGAGAUAUGAGCUGCAAGGGCUCAAGCCGCCGGUUCAGAGGAGCGAGGAGGAUUUCGAUCCCGGCGCCAAGUACCAUGUGGUUGCCGACGUACCGUACAUCAGAUAUUUCGUGAGCUUCAUCGUGCAGUUCCAGUUCCACAAGGCGAUGUGUCUGAAGGCCGGCCAGUACGACCCCAAUGACCCCAACCUGCCGCUACACAAAUGCGACAUCGACAAGUCUACCGCAGCGGGUGAAGCACUUGGGGCGAUGUUACGCCUGGGUUCUUCGAAGCCGUGGCCAGACGCCCUGGAGUCACUCACAGGGUCGCGGACGUUGGACGCAUCCGUGCUGCGGGAAUAUUUUGCGCCGCUAGAACGGUGGCUCAAAUCGGACAACGAGCGGCACGGCGAAUACGUAGGCUGGAUACGAGAUGGGGAAUACUGCCAGGGUCCGCCGCAACUCCGUCAAAAUUACAACAAAGUAUUGCAUGAAUCUAGAAAUAACCAGAUUACAAUCACAGUGAACGAGAUCGAAUAACCAUUUUUACAAAGACACAAGUUGUUACUAUUUUUGCUCACUCAAUAAUUCAAAAUUGAUUGUAGUUUUUAACGAAGCUUCAUUACCGUUUUAUGUUAUGAAAUAACUCUAAUACUCGAAUUAUCGCAUGCGCAUUAUAGUCAUCAUUUCAACGUGGGGCAGCGUAACCUCAAACAGUAACUGCAUUUUUGCCUUUUAAAUGGUAUAAAAAUAUAUUUCUUUCUAGUCUGCUGUGCCUGUUGACGAAAAUAAACGAUUUAUGUUUAUUCCUGAA